AGUCGUCGGGAGUGAGGCGUGGGGGGCGGGGUUCGGCGAGGCCGCCGCCAUCUUGAUGGGAGAGAAACAAUAGGACAGAAGCACAGCAGGCCAGGGCUGUGGCCGCAGAGCGUCCUGACCUGCGCGACAGAGGAGUGGAGGCCAGACAUACCGACGCAGGGACGGGGGACAGACGGAGACCUCGCUGGCCGCUGGACUCUGACGCCUCCCCCUUCUCCCUGCUGCCUGUGCUUGGAGGAUGAGCCCAGCGUUCAGGGCCAUGGAGGUGGAGCCCCGCGCCAAGGGCGUCCUGCUGGAGCCCUUCGUCCACCAGGUUGGGGGGCAUUCCUGUGUGCUCCACUUCAACGAGACAACUCUGUGCAAGCCCCUGAUCCCGAGGGAGCACCAGUUCUACGAGACUCUCCCAGCUGAGAUGCGCAAAUUCACUCCCCAGUAUAAAGCUGUUUUGAUAUUUGUUAGGUUUGCAGAUGAGUUUGGGGCCUCUGGCAACAUAGAGACUAAGGAACAGGGUGUGGUAUCUGCGCGCUUCGAAGAAGACGAAGACAGGAACUUGUGUUUAAUAGCAUAUCCCCUAAAAGGGGACCAUGGAACUCUGGACAGUGUAGACAAUUCAGACUGUGAGCCAAAAAGUAAGCUCCUAAGGUGGACAAACAAAAAACACCAUGUCCUAGAAACAGAAAAGAGCCCCAAGGACUGGGUGCGGCAGCACCGGAAGGAGGAGAAGAUGAAGAGCCAUAAGUUAGGAGAAGAAUUCGAAUGGCUAAAGAAAUCUGAAGUCUUAUACUACAAUGUAGAGAAAAAGGGGAACGUGAGUUCCCAGCUUAAACACUAUAACCCCUGGAGCGUGAAGUGUCACCAGCAGCAGUUACAGAGAAUGAAGGAGAACGCAAAACAUCGGAACCAGUACAAAUUUAUCUUACUGGAGAACCUGACCUCCCGGUAUGAGAUGCCUUGUGUCCUGGACCUCAAGAUGGGCACACGCCAGCAUGGUGAUGACGCUUCAGAGGAGAAGGCAGCCAACCAGAUCCGAAAAUGCCAGCAGAGCACAUCUGCGGUCAUCGGUGUGCGCGUGUGUGGCAUGCAGGUAUACCAGGCGGGCAGUGGGCAGCUCAUGUUCAUGAACAAGUACCACGGCCGGAAGCUGUCUGUGCAGGGCUUUAAGGAGGCGCUCUACCAGUUCUUCCACAAUGGGCGGUACCUGCGCCGCGAGCUCCUGGGCCCAGUGCUUAAGAAGCUGACUGAGCUCAAGGCCGUGUUGGAGCGACAGGAGUCUUACCGCUUCUACUCAAGCUCCCUGCUAGUCAUCUAUGAUGGCAAGGAGCGGCCUGAGGUGGCCCUGGACUCAGAUGCUGAGGACUUGGAGGACCUGUCAGAGGAGUCAGCCGACGAGUCUGCUGGUGCCUAUGCCUUCAAGCCCAUCGGUGCCAGCUCAGUGGACGUGCGCAUGAUCGACUUUGCACACACCACCUGCAGGCUGUAUGGCGAGGACAGUGUGGUGCACGAGGGCCAGGAUGCUGGCUAUAUCUUCGGGCUCCAGAGCCUGAUAGACAUUGUCACAGAGAUAAAUGAGGAAAGUGGGGAGUGAGCUUGCUGGCUGCAACAGCACUUGACUCUCUGUGUCCCAGGCACAGCUGUGCUGUGUCGGGGAGGUGGCCAGUACGGCCUGGCAGUGUGGCCUCUGCAGCCUGGAGCUGAUGUUCAGAGGCCUCUGUGAGUCCCAGCCUGGGCCAGCCCCAGCCACGCUUGGAGUCUUUAUUUAUUUUAACUGUUUCUUCAACAUUCCACAUUUGAUGAUGCAGAUACCUCUUUCUUCCCUGAGUGUAAAUGUUCUAAUACAAAUCCUUUUGUUAAUUGUA